AUGGCAAACGACGGUACUCCCGCUCUUCCACAAGGCUCUGCAUCCGACACACAGUACCGAUACAGCCAACCGAUUCAUCAUGAACGUCGCCUCAAAGUAAUAUGCAUCGGCGCAGGCGCUUCUGGACUCCUAUUGGCGUACAAGUUGCAGCGUUCCUUCCGAAACUUUGAACUUGUGAUUUACGAGAAGAAUGACGAUAUCUCUGGAACAUGGCACGAAAACAAAUAUCCUGGGUGUGCUUGUGACGUUGCAGCCCAUAUUUAUACAUGGAGUUUUGAACCCAAUCCACAUUGGUCUUCGGUAUAUUCCGGAUCCGAAGAAAUUCAGCGCUAUUUUCAAAACUUUUCCAAGAAGUACGAACUCGAAAAAUACAUCAAACUGAAGCAUCAAGUCUCAAAGGCGACAUGGGAUGACAAGAAAGGUGGCUGGGAUGUAGAAAUCGCCAAUUUAUCAAAUGGAAAUGUGAUCCAAGAUUCCUGUGACAUUCUUGUCAAUGCAGCCGGAGUUUUGAAUGCCUGGAAAUGGCCCGACAUACCGGGACUCCACAAGUACAAAGGCGAACUGCUUCAUACCGCCCGAUGGGAUACUACGGUAGACCUUAACGGAAAGCACGUUGGGUUAAUUGGUAAUGGAUCCUCUGCAAUCCAAGUCCUUCCAGCUAUUAGCUCACAGGCGAGCAAAAUAACGACUUUCAUACGCGGACCUACAUGGGUUUUUCCAUCUCAAAGUAUAGAACAACGUGCUUAUUCCCAAGAAGAGCUUACCACCUUUGAGACCAACCCUGACGCUCACAUAGAGUAUCGAAAAGAGCUGGAAUCUUCUUUAAAUGCCCUAUUUCCCAUGUUCAUUGCCGAUUCCGAUGUCCAAAAGGCGACAUUCUCCGCGACCGUGGCGACUAUGAAGGAGAAACUCCAGAAUGACGCAUUGGAGAAAAUAGUCAUUCCUAGCUGGGCAGUAGGCUGUCGUCGAAUGACCCCAGGCAUCAACUACCUGGAGACUCUUGUUUCCAAGAAGGUGGAUGUAGUGCACGGUAACAUCACGGAGAUCACAGAAAAAGGAUGUGUCGGCGAAAACGGUCAAGAGCAUGCAAUUGAUGUCUUAAUUUGCGCAACAGGCUUUGACACUUCAUAUGUGCCUCGGUUUCCUAUUAUUGGUACUCAAGGGGAUCUUCGUGAGGCAUGGGCAAAAGAGUCUAAAUCGUACCUUGGACUCGCUGCCAGUGGAUUCCCUAAUUAUUUCAUGUUCAUUGGUCCAAACAGUCCCAUUGGAAACGGUCCGGUUCUGAUUUCGAUAGAAGCGCAAGCAGAUUACAUCUGCAAAUUAAUGGACCGAUGGCAGACCGAAAAUAUCCACAGUUUUUCCCCCAAACUCGAGGCUGUGGAAGACUUCAUCGAACACAAGGAUAACUUCAUGAAAGACACGGUCUGGCAACAAGAAUGUCGCUCGUGGUAUAAGGCUAACAGCGUCACAGGGAAAGUGACUGCUCUGUGGCCAGGAAGCACUAUGCAUUACCUCGAAGCUAUCGCCGAGCCGCGAUACGACGAUUGGGAUGUCAAGUACAACGGAAAUCGUUUCGCUUUUCUAGGCAAUGGCUACUCACGCACCGAGGUUGACACCACUGCGGAUUGGGCUUAUUACAUUAGGAACCACGAUGAUAGCCCUCACCUGAGCCGAAGCAAACGUAGGGAGUUAUAUUCUAAAUCAGGGACUAUCGAACGUGCUGUUGAACGUGGUGCUAUUUUGCUUUAA